AUGGGGUCACACAUUCAAGCGUCAAGGUUUUUAGAUAGUGCAGUAUUGUCUUUAUUUGCUAUGGUCGUAUCUGCCUCUUUUCUUUAUAUGUUUUCUGAAUUUUAUAUAUUAUCAAUUGAAUCAAAAUUAUUUAAUAAUAAAUUAAGUUUUAUUUUAUCUCGUUUAUUUCCUUUUAAAAAAACCUUCGAAUAUAACUUAACACAUAUAUUACUUCUUACAAUAUGUAUCAUUAUUCUUAGUCUAAAACCUGAUUAUGAUUUUUAUAAUAAGAUUAAUGCAAUAGAGUCGAAAAAUAAAAAUUCCCAAGUUAAAGAAGAAUAUUUACAAGAAAGUGAAGAAGGUGAAGUUAAAAGAAAACCACGAGAAAAAAGAAAGUAA